AUGGCAGACUUAGACAACGUAGGGGUUCAGUUGCCAUCGGAUGCAUUUAAGGAUUUGGUAUCCCAGUGCAUAUCAAUGCUUGAAGCAGCCGUGGCGCGCUCUGAAUCAAGAUUUGUGAUAAGAUUGAUGCGACAUUACAAGAGUUUGAGGACCCUCCUCAAAGCACAUCCCGGAAGUUCGGUCCCGUUUUUGAGAUCCCUGCUCAAGGAGUAUGCGUACGGUGCAAACCCAUGUCAGGUGGCCGAAAACGCCUACAACUCGCUCCCGGAACAUUUGAUUCCACAAAUACCUCCGGAGACCCAACCUUCCACAAAGUCGGCCCAGGAAGGCGAAUCUUCGAAGCCUCAUCUUGAACCGGCGAGGUUCCAGUACACAACGUCGACAUUUUUGGAGAUCCAGGAGUACAUCUGCAGGGAUUCCCAACUCCCGGAGACGAAGGUGAUGCUCUGCACGCUGGCGCUGAUAUAUCUGAUCGACACGGGAGAAUACGAGAAGGCCAUGAACCUGGCGGAUGCUUUGGCAAAUCUCAUGUUGAGUUUCAACAAGAGGAUAAUGGACUACUUGGGAGCAAAGAUAUACUUCUACUACUCGAGAAGUUUUGAACUGGGAGGAAGGUUCAAGGACGCCAGAAGGAAGGCGUGCCUGCAUCACGAUCCAAUGACUCAAGCAGUCACAUUCAACUGUAUUCUGAGGAACCUAAUUCACUAUAAACUAUACCCGUCGGCGUUUAAAUUUAUCUGCAAGACCACGUUCCCGGAGUAUCUCAGUUCAAACGCACAGUACGCAAGAUACCUAUACUAUUACGGAAAAGUAUUGUCGGUACAGCUGGAAUACAGCGAAGCGUACUCGAAGCUGAUGCAAUCGCUCAGAAAGGCACCUCAGAACGAUAAAACAGCAUACGGAUUUAAGUUAAUGGCGACGAAGAUGUCAGUAAUUGUUGGAUUGCUGAUGUGCGAUAUACCUAGUAAAAACGUAUUCACAAAUCCGACCAUGAGGAGAGACCUUGCUCCAUACGAGUCAGUAGUGCUGGCUGUAACUAACGGAGAUUUGAACACAUUUUCACAAUUAUGUGAAAAGUAUUCCGGAACGUUCCUAAAGGACGAUACAAUGUUUUUGAUAUCAAGGCUGAGAGACAAUGUAAUAAAGUGCGGACUUAGGAAAAUAAACGUGGCAUACUCUAAAAUAAACCUAUCGAACGUGGCGAAUAAACUGGGAAUCAAAUCAGUGGAACAAACGGAGAACAUAAUAGCUAAAGCAAUCCACGAUGGGAUAAUAGAGGCGCUGAUAGACCAUGAGAACCAAUAUGUGCAGUCGAAGGUCAACGUGGACCUCUACAAGAGUUAUGAGCCGAUGAGAGCGUUUCACAAGCGUAUACAGUUCUGCCUGAAGCUCCACUCAAACGCAAUCCAGGCGAUGAGAUACCCAGAGGAGCCCGAUCACCCCAAGGAUGUCAAAAACAACGCAAGCAUAGACAAGGACCCACUGGAAUCUCUCGAUUACGAAAAUGAUAUGGGAGAUGGAGGAUUUAUGUAA